AUUCAGGGCUCAGAUCUAUUUUAGUGAAAAUGUCGACACAAGUGGAAAAUACCGGCGUUAAUCACGCUGUUGAAAGGCUGCUAGAACUCGCCGACCGAAUGAGGGAUGUUGAUUUUGGAUUUAACGACAAAGAUAUUAACAACAUAGAUAAAAUUAUAGAAGCCAUUCAUGAAUUGGAUGAAGCUAGAAGAAAAAUGCAUGAAAGAUUAGAAACUAAAACCAUACAUGCAAGUAUUCUGCGUCACAAACUUCAAUUCCUACCAGCCCAGAUUCGUGAUGAAAUCAAAGCUGCAGUUUCAUCUGCGCGGCAGUCAAAUGCAUCAGCACAGAAUGAAAUGCAAGAAAAAUUAGAAUUGAUACAGAAAAAUAUGUCAGAUCUUGAAGAUCAGCAGCAUGUGUUGGACAAAGAAAAUGCAAAACUACACCCUGAAAGAGAACUUAUUCGACAGAAACACGAAGAGAUUAUUUCACAGUUGAAUGAGAGGAUGGCAGAGAAAGCUAACAUGCAGAUUAUUCUGAAUGAAACAAGAGAUAAAGUUCGGCAGACCAACCAAAGUAUUGUGGACCUUGAAGAUGGAAUCCUCCAAUUAAAAGAAGACUUGAUUCAGGAAAGAACUGAAGCCAGACAGGAGAAAAAGAAACUCAAAAGAGCAGUGACUGACACAUCAGACAUGACUAAAGAACAGAAACAGAUCAAUGUCGAUAAGAAAAAGGAAUUAGAUGUAAUUCAUGAGAAAAUGAUGGAAAGUGAUGGCAAACUUGAUGCAUUGAGGACAAGUUUACGGAGAUAUGAAACGUCCAAAGCAAAACUGGAAGGCCAAGAACGACAGCUUAAUGCACAGUUAUCCAAGCAACUUAAACUCAAUGAAGAACUUAGGAGGAAAGGAACUGCCAUUAUCAACGAAGACAUGAAAUUGCAAAAAGAAUUUGAAGAUAGUGAAAAACAAUUGUUAAAGAAACUAAAAAGGCUGGAGACUGAAACAGAAAAAGAAAAUGACAAGAAUGCUGAACUAGAGGGAAGAAAGUUAGAGCUGAGAAUUGAUCUGGAAGAAAAGCAAAGAGUGCGAGAGGAUGAUGCCGUCAGAGUGAGGGAAUAUGAUGAAGAGCUGCAAGCAGAAAAGAGAGCCUUGGCAUUAAAGGCAGAAGAAAUGGGACGAAUGCAGUCAGAAAAUGUGGAAAUGGCAGAUCAGAUUGAGUCUCUGGCAGAAUCUCACAAAGCUGUGCUGGCACAAUUAAAUAAACAGAUUGAAGGUUUUCGAGAACAAUUAUCAAAGGAAAGAAAAGAAAGGUUAGAAGUUCAGGAGAGAAAGAAUUCUGUGCAGAAAGAUGUUGAGGACUACAAACUGGAAACCCAGAGAUUUUUGAAUGAAAUGAAUCAGAAAAUUCGAGAGGGAAAAGCAGAACAUAUGCAACUCACCAAUGAGGGGACUUCACUUCAGAAAGAACUGAAGGAAGAAGAGGAGGUGAUCAAGCAAUUAGACACAAACCUCAAAGAAGCUCAGACCAGAUACACAAAGAUGUAUGAGACAAUGCAGCAGAAAGUGGACAAAACAGAGCAUGAAAUCAACACUAUGGAGACACAGAUAGAGGAAAAGAAAAAGUUAAUAGAGGAGAGAACACCAUUGUUUGAGGAACUAGAGAGAGUGUUUGAAGAGAGAACUAAUGCUUAUAAUGCAACCAAAAGAAACAUAGCUAUAAUGAGACAGAAGAAAUCUGGUCUAGAAGAAAGCAUAAGAAAAACAAAAGAGGAGAAGGCAAAAAUGGACAUUCCAAAGAAACAAGUGAAGGAAGAUCUGAAACGUAAGAGAGAAGAAACAAUGUUCCAGCUGAAGCGACAGGGAGACGAUCGUCAGAAGUUAGAGCAGGAGAUCUAUAUGGCGGGUUGUAAACUACGAACCAUCAUGGAGGAAAAUCAGAAAUUAGAGGAAGGUUGUCAAAAACUGGCUGAAGAGAUAGAGGAACUGAGGAAACAGAUGGAAGAAAAUGCUGGUUUAAAAGUGAAGCUGGAAGAUGAACUGGAGGAAGUGAAAACUGGGCUCAUCAGAAGCUGGCAGAAUGAUGAAGAACUCAAUAAUCUGUUUACCAACAAAGACCAGAUAGUUGUGGACCAGUUUUCUGAACUUCUUCACCAGACAGAGGAACGAGAGGUUAGAAUCAACAAAAUAACCAAUCGUCUGAACGAGGAACUCAUGUAUCUGUCCAAGUUCUUGGAGAACCUGGCUACUCGACGUCCGCAACACACACCACCACCAAGCCGAAAAUCUGGAAGUCGUGCCUCCAGUAGACGGACAGAAGAUGGGCGCACCAGCAGAAUCAGCCAAUCAGCUCUUCACAGUAAACUCCAGGAUGUAGAUAAUACUAGUGCUGCACCAAGUCGACUCAGUACCAGGCCCCCAACAAGAGCUGACACUAAGAUGUCUAAGACUGUUACAAUCAUAGAUGAACCAGAAGUACAAGACUUGGAGUUUUGAUAUUAGCAUAUUAGUGUUGCUUUUAAUGAGGAAAAGUUUACCUGUACUCUGUGAUACUUUGAUGUUUGAUUUUUAUAUAAACAUUGUCACA